AUUCUUACUGUGAAUCUGCGAUACAUGAACUUACAUACUACCUCCUCGUAUGCUAUUCUUACGUAUACACAUCUUAUUCGAUAGCAAGAUUAUUAUUACUCAUACAAUAACAGUUAUUAGUUAAUAUUAGUAUUGAUAUGACGGUAAUAAUGCAAUUAAACGGCGCUUGGUUCAUCAACGGGCACCGUACCGUAUUUAUAUCCAUUAUCCAUAUAAUAAUUAUAAUUAUGUACUCACCAUGGUAAAGUAUACGGUCCCACGCUAAUUAGGGAUAACCACCUAUCGUCGUGGCGCACGGUAAACGGUAACGGUGCAGCGCGCGCCAUAUUGCUGUCGUGUUAUAAUAUGGAAAGCCACAGCCCCGACCUUGACAUUUCAAAGUUUGACUCACAUCCGUUCCCAUUUGAAAUAUUAAAAAAGCAUCGGAAAAUCCCGGUAGUGCUCCCCAUAUGUCGUGUUCUACAGGAACCUACAUAUCUAUAUCUAUACACGCAUCCAUGUGCUGUUAUGUACCGAAAUUAAUAUUACUUCCGAUUACGUAGUAACAAAUCUAGUAUUUUUAUUAACGAUGGGCAUUGUUAUCAGUUAUGAACUUAUGAAUAUCAGUACGUAAUUUACAAUCUUGCAGUCCAGUGAAACUGCAAAACUAAUUAAUUUUAAUUUCCAAACGUAAGUAUCUAUGUUGCGAACACAAAGCCAAGAAUUUCAUUGUACCAAUCGUAAAAUAAACCUGUUAUGCGAGCGGCUUAUGGUUAGGUCUGGCCAUUCCUGUUGCCACUGUCUUGUCACCAAAUUGAUUGACUUGUAAUAAAUUUGCAAAAAUAACAGCUUUUGCUGGUUUCUUCAAAAUGUCACACCAUCAGGUAACUCUACUGCUUUCUCGUAGGCUGCCUUUUAUUACGCUAAAAACAUCGGUAAAUUAUGUUAGUUUAUAGAAGGUUGUCUUGCCAUUUACAAAAAAGGCCGCUCGUUAGUGAGAAUGUGUCGGCCACCCUUGGGCGUGAGCGCAAGUGUCAUUAAUUAUUUUUUAAUGUUUUGUUUUUCUGCCUUUUAUAAUUUUAUUAAUUUUCAGAUUUUGUGACAUUCUAAUUUUCGUUGAUUUCAUGGUCGAGAACCUUAUGGCUAGCUGGCUCUUCGGUGCUUUUGUGGCAGUGAUUGAGCUUAAUUUUAUUGUUUGAGCUGCCACUAGCUGCAUGCAAAAGGGUAAAUUAUAAACCUUUUGAAGUUUCAAGUAGUCUUCGCCUCUUCGUUCCGGUGGUACUCUGGUCCGCCAUGGAUCCAGACCUGAAAAUUGCUACGCACAACAGCAUUCCAAAUCAGGAGUAUGCACUUUAUGGGAGUGUGUUGGAGAGUGAAAUGGAAACUCUCCUGCAUAGGCUGCGCGGACUUUGCGGAACGAUGCCUGGCAAUGGCGAGCCGUUCGAGGAUCAUUGUGUUAUCUACAGUUUCAAGCACAUUUCUCCGCCAAUUUGCGUGCGCGCAGUGCGCCCGAUUCUUCUUCCCUCCGUUCCUUGGAGAUUCUUAUACUAUGGGGACCCUGGUACUUUGGAAGCUGGUCGUUCGCUGACGCAGCGCCAGAUAAUUGAUGCUUGCUGCUCUGUGCGUCUUCCAAAGUUCCUGGAAGAUGGUCUCGGUUUUACGGUGGAUUACGAAUACUUUUUCAAAGGUACAGCCUUCGCCAAAGGACGCGUCAAAAUUUUGGUUGGACGUGUUAUGAAGCCGGCAAGAGAUGCUACUGGAGGCGUGGAAAAAGGAGAGGCUAUUACAAAAUCGUUUUUGGUGGAAGUGUCUGCAGUUGCUUUUGGUGGCGCGGCGAAUGAACCGUCCGCCAACGAAGUUGUUCAGUUUGCCGAUCUUCUGCUUCCCAUUGUUAAACUGGAGCGGAUUGAUUUGAAGCGGUUUGCCUCGCAGAUUUGAUACCUCACUGCUUCGGUAUUGUCGGAAUUAUGAUCUCUGCUGAGCCUGCUCCGUGCUCUCCAUGUGACAGACUAGAUUUUUCUUUCUUACGGUUUUGAUGGUUGAUUUGCGCUUGUGAUAAUUUGAUGGCGACGCCUGCGCUGCCCAGUAAGACUAUUACCCUACCUACGAGUAGUGAUGUAUGCUAUACAGUUCUACUGUGCAAGUGUAAAAACUUGACUGGAACUGGAUGAUGUACACGUUUGCACUUAAGUAUGUACACUUCUACUGUCAGUGAAAUGCUUCCCUUUUUUCUGUACUCUUAUAGCAUAAUUCUCGCCUUUUACAUUGUUGAACUGAUUGAUACGGCUUGGUGCGCUAUUUUGUUGCCUUCUGUAAUAUAAAAUUCUAUUUUA